AUGGAGUUCCCAGUCCUCUUCCUGGUGCUGUGUGUCGUGGCCUUCCUCUCCGGGGUGCCAUUGAACUGCUACGUCCUCUUCACUGCUGGCUGCCGUGUGGAGAGGACGGCCAGCGCCGUCACCGUGUGGUUCCUGAGCCGGGCUGUGGGCGAUUUCAUCUUUCUCAUCUUCCUGCCCCUCAGAUUCAUCUUCACCAUGAUCUUACACUGGGACACGAUGCUGAGCAAUACCAUCACCUCCUUCCACAUGAUCUCCAGCGCCUUACUCCUCACAGCCCUCACUGUCGAUCGUUGCAUCCUCGUGGCACGCCCUGAGUGGGCCUGGAACCACCGCACACCCUGCCUGGUUUUCAUGAUUGUUUUGGUCAUAUGGGCCCUGUCUGUUGGGUUCAGCUUGCGGUACGGUGUUUUCUGGGAAACCUUCCACCCACAUGUCGGCAUAUUCAUUUAUUUCCAAUGGCAUAAAAGCAGCGUGAGUGCCAGCGUUCUGAUCCAGUUCCUGGUCGGGUUUCUGAUCCCAUUAGCCUUGAUCUUAAUCCCAACCUUCUACAUUGUUCUAGCUGCCAAGCUGAGAAGGAACAGGCUGAUCCAGUCCACCAAGCCACUCAAAAUCCUUCUUGGCUUGAUCCCGACGUUUUUCCUCUCCUGGCUGCCGUAUCAUGUUUUCCUCUUCCUGCUGAUUUCACAUAUAUACCAUCCAUCUUUUCUGGACUUGUCAUUUUUUUUUAUUUCCGUCCUGACCUAUUUCAGCACUUUCCUCAACCCCAUCUUCUACCUCACCAUGGAGGAAGAGUAUCUAAGGUAUCGGAAACGUGCAUGCAACCCCCAAACCACUGACAACUUGGGUCCGAAGUCGGCUGAAUAUGAGAACGCAUCAAAUUGUCAAUAUUUGAAUCAAGGAUUGAACUCAUAA